AUGACGUAUGACAAUGCCAGAGCUCCCUAUGAAAGGAAGGAGAGCAAGAAACAAGAGGAUGUGCCUGAGGACCAGCAUGUGCCUCUAGGGCAGGGGCUGCAGAAGGAGGAAGGUGCCCAGGACCCAGAGGACAAGAGCGAGGAAACAGCAGAGGACAUGGCUGCAGAGCCAUGGAAAGCCUCAAAGGCAAUUCUCUCCCCCUGCUUCCUUGGAACAGAUUGGAAGCUGCCGAUCCCCCUGGGACCUGUCUAUCCACCAUUAUUCUCCUCCAGUAUGAACACCAACAAACCUGGGGGACGAAGCUGGGAGUUGUCUCCGCGAAUAGCAAAGUGCUUCCCAAUCCAUGACGUAAGUCUUUCAAGGAUCCCUUCUCAGGGCCCUUUCCGGCAAUAUGUGGACAAGAAGGUGGAAAAGAGAUUGGCAAGCCGGAAGGAGCGCCGCAGCCGCUUUGGAGACGUAGAUGCUCACAAGCAUUAUCAGUUUGGACAGAUCUUCUCCCCCUUCCAGACCCUUGCCAUGACGCCUAGCAGUGUGCACCAGAACCCAGCGCGGCGCCGGGCUGAGCCGGGCGGCGACGGCCGCGGCGGCCCCGGCUCCAAGCUGCGGGCCCUCUUCGCGCACCCGCUCUACAGCGUCCCGGAGGAGCCGCCUCUCCAAGGGCCCGAAGACUCGCUCCUGGCCAGCCAGGAGGCGCUGCGGUAUUACCGGAGGAAAGUGGCCCGCUGGAACAGGGUGCAGGCAGUGGGCGGCGUGAGCGGCACUCUGCAGCUUGUUAAUGGUGAGCAGCAGGAUAUUGAUGGUGAUUUUGGGGGUACAUGGGUCAUUCUGCAUAAUUCUGUGGAGAACCCAGACAGCCAGCAGGAGCCCAACGUCUGGCAAGAAGAAUGUUGGCAGAGUGCCCUGCAGCGCCACUCCCCAGCCUCCCUCCUACUGCUCUGGAUCCCGGACCAGCUCAAUGUGAACCAGGUCACAGGCAGGAGGACCCUGCAUACCCAGCAUGGCACCCCCCAGAAGUGCUCAGGAGCCUAG